UUAGCAUUGUUCACACCCUCUUAAGCCUUAGCCCUACCCAUCUCUUUAAUUAUUCAUGUGAGGCCAUUUUUGAAACAAUGCUUAAGGUGUAGUAAACAAAUGGUGAAGUAGUAGCCUACAUUAAAGAAAAUCUCCAGGUAAAAAUACACUUCAGCUAGUCUUUGGCCUAUAUUUUUUGUAUUUUAUUUACUUAACCUUUAACAUGGUCUCUCCUAUCAUUGCUAUGCAGACGACACACAAUUAAUCUUCUCCUUUCCCCCUUCUGAUGACCAGGUGGCGAAUCGCAUCUCUGCAUGUCUGGCAGACAUCAGUGUGGAUGACGGAUCACCACCUCAAGCUGAACCUCGGCAAGACGGAGCUGCUCUUCCUCCCGGGGAAGGACUGCCCGUUCCAUGAUCUCGCCAUCACGGUUGACAACUCCAUUGUGUCCUCCUCCCAGAGCGCUAAGAACCUUGGCGUGAUACUGGACAACACCCUGUCGUUCUCAACUAACAUCAAGGCGGUGGCCCGUUCCUGUAGGUUCAUGCUCUACAACAUCCGCAGAGUACGACCCUGCCUCACACAGGAAGCGGCGCAGGUCCUAAUCCAGGCACUUGUCAUCUCCCGUCUGGAUUACUGCAACUCGCUGUUGGCUGGGCUCCCUGCCUGUGCCAUUAAACCCCUACAACUCAUCCAGAACGCCGCAGCCCGUCUGGUGUUCAACCUUCCCAAGUUCUCUCACGUCACCCCGCUCCUCCGCUCUCUCCACUGGCUUCCAGUUGAAGCUCGCAUCCGCUACAAGACCAUGGUGCUUGCCUACGGAGCUGUGAGGGGAACGGCACCUCAGUACCUCCAGGCUCUGAUCAGGCCCUACACCCAAACAAGGGCGCUGCGUUCAUCCACCUCUGGCCUGCUCGCCUCCCUACCACUGAGGAAGUACAGUUCCCGCUCAGCCCAGUCAAAACUGUUCGCUGCUCUGGCCCCCCAAUGGUGAAACAAACUCCCUCACGACGCCAGGACAGCGGAGUCAAUCACCACCUUCCGGAGACACCUGAAACCCCACCUCUUUAAGGAAUACCUAGGAUAGGAUAAGUAAUCCUUCUCACCCCCCCCUAAA